AUGAAACUCCCGAAAAGCCUAGGGGUCUUCUCUGUGGUCCUCUUCGCGACCAACUUGAAAGCCUAUGCAGAACCUCUCGUUUCAGCUCCAGGUGAAAGCUCAAUAAUCCCAGGAUGGCGGAUGCAAUCAGUCACCAAGAUAAAAGACGACAUAUCCAACAUAUCUCGACCAGGGAUAAACGUGUCUUCGUGGUAUGAAGUCGCGCCUCGCAGUACUGUGAUGGCAGGUCUCCUUGAUAACAAUGUAUACAACGAGACGGACCUCUUUUACUCUGAUAAUAUGGAGAAAUUGGCUGGGCAAUCGAUCUUCAAAGCGCCCUGGAUAUACCGAAAAGAAUUCAGCAUGAAUCCCUCCAGCGAUCAAUACUAUACUCUCCGGACCCACGGCAUCACAUCCAAGGCAGACAUAUACGUGAACGGCGCACAGAUUGCAUCCAGUGAUCAACAGCAAGGCUCGUAUGGAGGUCACACCUACGAUUUGACCGGCCACAUAGAAUCUGGGUCUAACUGUAUCUUGAUUCGCGCUUAUCCGACAAAUUAUCUUCGAGAUUUUGCAAUGGGCUUCGUGGAUUGGAACCCCUAUCCAGCAGAUAAUGGAACUGGAGUCUGGCGAGAUGUGGAAGUAAUUCAAACAGGAGCUGUUUCAAUGUCACCGCUUCGAGUGCUCACGGAUUUUGAGAAGCCCGACUCGAAGAGUCUCGUCAAUGUUACUUUGAAAACAGACCUUGUGAACCAUUCACCUCGAGCUAUUCGAGUGGAGAUAAAUGGUACAAUCACAGGUCCGAUCCGGGCUGAUACCGCCAUUAUAAGUGGCUUUUUUGAACUCAAUGCAGGGGAAACAAAGACUGUGUCAAUACGAAGCGCCAUCAGGAAUCCACAGAUUUGGUGGCCCGCUACGUGGGGUGAACAACCAAUGUAUGUUGCUCACGUCGACGCCAUGAUCCGAGAAAACAAGCUUGUUCUUUCCGACUCCUCAGUUCAGCAGUUUGGUAUCCGACAUGUCUCUUCAUAUGUAAAUCAGCACAGUGAUACAGCUUUCGUUGUCAACGGGGAGCCAUUCCAAGUGUUGGGUGCUGGUUAUGGUCCAGAUAUCUUCCUGCGAUUUGACGAAGAUAGGGUUUCGAAUAUCUUUCAAUACAUGAUCAAUAUGGGACUAAACACGGUACGACUAGAAGGGAAACAAGAGCACCCCGAGCUCUACCAGCUUGCCGAUCAAAUGGGGUUGAUGGUCCUGGCUGGGUGGGAAUGCUGUGACAAGUGGGAAGGAUGGGAGUUCAAUAAUGAUGCCGAUGGCGUAAAAUGGGGAGAAUCAGACUACCCCAUUGCGCGUGCAGCGAUGCUCCAUGAAGCAGAAAUGAUGCAAGCACAUCCUUCUCUCCUCGGUUUCCUAGUGGGCUCUGAUUAUUGGCCAAAUGACCGUGCGACCGAAGUUUAUCUCGAAUCAUUACAGAAAAUGGAUUGGCAGAAUCCGAUUAUUGCAUCUGCAAGCAAAAGGGGCUAUCCUGAAGCUUUAGGUCCGUCAGGAAUGAAGAUGAACGGCCCUUACGACUGGGUUCCACCAAAUUACUGGUAUGGAGACGAAGAUGGAGCAGCUUUCGGGUUUGGAACCGAACUCGGUGCAGGAGUAGGAACUCCUGAAAUGAAUAGUUUGAAGAUAUUCAUGACAGAUUCAGAUCUCGAAGCUCUUUGGAAGAAGCCCGAUGCCGGUUUGUACCAUAUGUCCAGCAACGUCUCAUCAUUUUACGAUCGUUCUAUCUAUAACAAGGCACUUUUCUCUCGAUACGGCGAGCCAUCGAGCCUUGAAGACUACAUCGCCAAGUGUCAAAUGGCAGACUAUGAAGCAACCCGUGCCCAGUUUGAGGCGUAUUCCACUCGACAAAAUGCGUCCAGGCCCGCGACAGGCACGAUUUACUGGAUGCUAAACAGUGCCUGGCCAAAUCUCCACUGGCAACUGUUUGACUAUUAUCUGAACACGAUGGGAGCAUACUUCGGCACCAAGAUUGCAACGCGAAUGGAACAUGUUGCAUACAAUUAUGAGAGUCAAAGUGUCUGGUUGAUCAACCAUUCGCUUGAGAACCAGGGAGAGCGAGAGAUUUCAGUUGAUUUGAUAGACAAGAAUGGCAAAAAGAUUUGGAGCACCCAGGCGAAGACAAGCACUAUACCGAGCUCCUCGAAGGAAAUUCUAUCUGUGCAAAAGGUUGACGAUAUCGAAGAUGUUGGAUUCCUUCGACUCAUUCUCCGUGAUACCAAGGACAAGAAAGAUCUAAGUCGAAAUGUAUACUGGCUAUCUCCAACAAUGGAUGUCCUAGAUUGGUCAGAGUCAAACUGGUACUAUACCCCUGUGACAAAAUAUUCGGAUUAUACAGAGCUGCAAUCUAUUCAUUCAUCGCCAGUGAAGAUGACCUUGAAGAAUACAAAGCUGGAUCGACCAGCUACCGGAUGGACCUCUAUUGAAGUCCAACUCGAGAAUACAUCCAAAACGCCCGCGCUGUUCAUGCGACUUGAUAUUAUUGACCUAAAAAGCAAGAUGGAGAUAAAGCCAGCUUACUGGUCUGACAAUUAUGUUACUCUUUGGCCAAAGGAAAAGCUCCCAAUUACGGUGAUCUACCAGGGUGAUGUCGAAAACAUCCAGAUUGAAGUCUCUGGGCGUAAUGUGGCGACACAGACGAUCAAGAAACGCAUCGUGUAG